AUGAGAUUCACCAAGUUUAACGUAGCCUCAAGCAUCUGCUUCUCUAGUCUCUGUGGUGCCGUCCUCGCUGGCGUCGCCCCUGUGAUUACUUCUAACCCAAAGAAUGCCAUUGCCGUUGCCGAAUUCCCUCAAUUUGGCUGUGGCGAAAUGGAAGGAUAUGUUCUGUUUGAAAGCCCCCAUGGCGGCAAGGUUGACGUUCAAGUGGACGUUACCAAGUUGCCUUCUGACGGCGGGCCUUUCUACUACCAUAUCCAUGAGUACCCUGUCCCAGACGACGGUGACUGUGAGAAGGUUGGCCCUGAGUUCAACCCAUACCACGCUUCACCCGACUGUGACGCCCAGCCAGGCGACGCCUAUUGCAAGCUCGGUGACUUGUCCGGCAAGUAUGGCAAGAUCAAGGCCACAUGUUUCCAGACGGAAUACUGUGAUCCUUUCAUCUCGUUGGACGGGUACUCCAAGGCCAACAUUAUUGGUCGUUCUUUGGUCUUCCACUAUUCUGACAUGACCAAAAUUGCCUGUGCCAACAUUGAGGUUGGUACCGAAGAGCAAUUGGACCGUCUUAGAAGUCCAUCAUGUUCAGAUAGUGACAGCGACGACGAAGACGUUGAUUUCGUCUUUGACAAACGGGAAGUGGGCAGCGACCAAGGUCCUACCACCACCUUUGUCUCGUCGACUCACAGUUGGGACGGCGCCGACGGCUCUGCCACUUCGGGCGUCGAUGCCGGCGACUUGAGUUCCGGCCAACAUGGUUUCGCCACCAAGGUGCUGAAUUCCUCCAUCACUGGGAACAGAACGAAUGUGUCCAACUUUGGCCACGAGUCCGCCUGUCCCGAGGAGGGCGCCGCCAACAGCGUUAAGGCUGCUUUUGGCACCUUGUUUGGCCUUUUGACUCCAUUCCUCUUGUGA